CUGCAAUUUCCCUUUCAAGCACUUCCCUGCUAUCAGUGCCAAGAAUGUGCGGGUUUGGGUGGAUUCCAUGGCAUGAUUCCUUCAAUUAUGUGUACUAGAGAGAGAGAGAGAGGAAUUCAUUGAUACCAAACCUGUCACAAAGAAUUCAUCAUGAGUCGUCGUCAGACUCCCAACGAGUUUUUGCAACAGAUCAUUGGACGACCUGUUGUGGUCAAGCUGAACUCAGGUGUUGAUUAUCGAGGUGUCCUGGCAUGUUUGGAUGGUUACAUGAAUAUUGCUCUUGAACAAAGUGAAGAAUACCUGAAUGGGCAACUCAAGAAUAAGUAUGGAGAUGCCUUCAUCAGAGGAAACAAUGUGCUCUACAUAUCCACCCAAAAAAGAAGAGUGUGAACUUUAUAUAUGAUAUUAAUUUGGAACCUUUGGUCAGUGAUGUCAUUGACCUGGAAAGAUUGAUCAUAAUUUUGCAGAAUUUGCAUUUUGAGUAUCAAGUUUAUUAUCACAAUGAAGGAUAUUAGUGUUUACAAUGGAUGAUAUGCCUUUCUGUUCGUUCAAAACUUUCCUAAGUUUAAGCUAUGUUAUAUAUUAAGAUAAUAUAAAACACAAAUGCUGAUUUUUACACUGUAAAUUGCUUUGAUAAACGGUUUUGAUAUAAAA